AUGAGCGUUCUUGGAGUAGGGUGCGACGUCGUGCAUCUGCCGCGUAUGCAUCGGCUGCUGACGAAGUAUGAUGCGGGCUCGAGAGGGUUCCAACGUGUCGUAUCGAAGUUCAUGCACCCAACCGAGCGUAUUGCGUUGGGUGUGGACGGUGCCUCUCUGUCAGCGGGUCAGAUAAGGUACAUAGCCGGCACAUGGGCUUUGAAAGAGGCCGCGCUCAAAGCGCUGCAUUGCGCAGCGCCUCUACACACGGUUCUGCCACCUGCAAUGUUCAUAUAUACAAAGCUGCUCUAUCGACAACGGCGUAGCAAUGGUGUGCCACAGCUUCUGCUUGAUAACGAGGCCUUGCGACUGGAUCAAUUGCAAUUCCUCAGACAGGCAAAGUUCCUAUCGACUUUGUCGCACGAUAACGAAUACCUGGUAGCGUAUACAACACUAAUAGAUACCAAAAACCUUGUAUAG